AUGGCUACCAAUGGCGCCCUCCAUGCCCUCCUCCUGCUCUCCGAUUCGGCAUUGCCCCUAGGCUCCUUCGCCUUCAGCAGCGGACUAGAGUCCUUCCUAGCACAUCACAAACACAACAGCGCCUCGCAUAGACUGCAAGCCUUCGACCACUUCCUCGAACACUCCGUGGCCAAUAUAGCAAGCACCGCGAUUCCAUACGUCGUGAGCGGCUAUCACAACCCAGACAGUCUAGAAGAACUAGACAACGACUUUGACGCCUCCACGCCGUGCACAGUCGCUCGGCGAGCGAGUAUAUCGCAAGGCAAAGCCCUGCUGGCGAUCUGGGAUCGAGCUCUCCGCUCCUCGCUCUCCCCGUCAUCGAGUCCGGAGUCUCAGCGUGCAGGCGCCGCUCUCACGGCCUUUUCUGCCGCGCUGAAAACUUCCAAGCCUGAUGCGCUAGGUCUCCAGAUGAAUGCACAUUUCCCCUCGCUGUUUGGGGCUGUCUGUUGCGCCUUGUCCCUUCCGGAGCACGAGGCUACGUACCUGUUCCUUCUCAACCACGCCAAAACGCUACUUUCUGCCGCUGUUCGAGCGAGCGUGCUGGGGCCUUAUCAGAGCCAGGCUGUUCUUGCUAGUGCGAGGUUGCAGGGAUGGAUCGAAGCAUCAAUUGCGAGCACGGCCGGGGGCAUCGGCGGGAAAGGAGGCAUUGCGGUGGAGGAUGCGGCUGUCACAGUACCGCCAAUGGAUUUAUGGAUGGGGAGACAUGAACUGCUCUAUUCGAGGAUCUUCAAUUCCUAA